UCAUGGGAGGGAGCCCUUGGCUGCUUUCCAUGUGCUCUGCCAAGGAAUGUGGCUAAAAAAAGCGAGAAAAAACACAACAGUGGAGUAGCUAGGAGGGCCCCUUCCGAUGCAGCGAGCUCUGAGCUCCAAGCAGAUACCAUGAAGCGGUAGCAACGGCUGGGGGAUCCCCCUUCUACCGUCUCCGGACCAGGACACACAUGUUCGACCCUCUAGCAAGGGGCUAGAGAAGAGUGAAGCCGCACAGGAGAGUUAAAGGCUCUGAGGGCUCCAUUGCUUCCCUCCUGAAGGUCGAGCCACCUGCACCUUUAAUAUUCCCCACCCCCGACCUAAAAUGCUGACGAUAAAGUUGCCUCAGAUAUUCAGGGUUCACCAAGUACCUCGUAUCUUCUGGGAGGAUGGCAUCAUGUCAGGCUACCGCCAUCCAAAGAGCUCUGCCUUGGACUGCAUCCUGAGCUCCUUCCAAAUGACCAACGAGACUGUCAAUAUCUGGACCCACUUCCUCCCAACCUGGUAUUUCGUGUGGCGGUUCCUGGUGCUCUCCUCCUCCCUGGAUUUCUGCAGAGACGCCUACAACUGGCCUUUCCUCGUCUACAUGUUGCUGGUCUGCCUGUACCCCUUCACCUCCAGCUGUGCCCACACCUUCAGCACCAUGUCCACCCACGCCCGCCACAUUUGCUACUUCUUUGACUAUGGAGCCCUUAGCCUCUACAGCCUGGGCUGUGCUUUCACAUAUGGAGCCUAUGCGAUGCCAGACCGUUGGGUUAACAGCACUUUACACCAUUACUUUGUACCAAUGGCUGCUUUUAACUCAUUUAUCUGCACCAGUCUGUCUUGUUACUCCCGUUUCCCGGAAUUGGAGUGUCCCCGGCUGAGCAAGGUUUUACGGACAACGGCCUUUGUGUAUCCCUUUGUCUAUGACAAUAUCCCGCUGUUUUAUAGGCUUCUGUUCUGCUUUGGGGAUGGCUGCACCUGGAAUGAUGCCACCGCGGGUUACUUCUACCACCUUCUCUUUGCCCUGCUCACCGGCUUCCUCUUUGCCUCCCACCUGCCGGAACGCCUGGCGCCCGGGCGCUUCGACUAUAUUGGGCACAGCCACCAGCUGUUCCACAUCUGCGCGGUGGUGGGCACUCACUUCCAGCUGGAGGCCGUCCUGUCAGACGUGCGCUCACGGCAGGCCUGGCUGAGCACCCGGGCCCCGGCACCCGCCUUCUCCGCCACCUUCGGCACCGUCAGCCUGGCCCUGCUGGGGAACCUGCUCAUCAUCGGGGGUUUCACCGUGGCCCUGCUACGCUGGCCGGGCGGCUCCUCCAUCCUGCAGAGCACCGUGCCCGAGGCAGGCCGCCCCAAGGAGCAGUGACGCCUGCCCACCCCCAGAGACAACGGGUGAGGGUGGCUUGGGGUCUGGGCUCAGAGGGGGCUGAAGGGAGAAGGGCCCUUAGCGUGUGUAUGUCAGUGCCUGGCGGGAUCCACCUCUCGUACCUCAGGACAGCUCCGUGCGGGAGGGGCCGUGCCCUUGUCACAAGGUUCCCUGACGAGCACUCCCUGAAGUGGGGGUGCUCUAACCUAGGGCUGAGCCUCCAACCCUAGAUCCAGCUCUCACCAUUAGCCCAUACUCCCCAAGAGCUGGGAGAAGAACCCAGGCAUCCUGACUCCUGAUCCCCUGCUCUGACCCCCUGUAACUGCAGCUGUCCUCCCGUGAGGCUGCGGUCAUGGGCCGCUGGUAUGUCACCAGUGAUAGGAGGCCUCCGGAGAUAUUUGUGGCCAUUUGGCUUUGGGAACUGGGCGUGAUCCAGGGUUUUCCCCUGUCCCUUUAUCCCCUGAACCAAAUCCCAGGGCUGAUGCUGUCCCCUUCUAGCCCCUGGAUGGCUUGAAAUCCAAACUGGAAUGGGGCAGCUUGACUCCAUUACUGGCCAGAGACAAGAUGAGAGGCCACAGGUGGCUUUAGCAGGACUCCUGGGUUCUAUUUCUAACUCUGGGGCGUGUGAUUUUUAUGGCUAGAGCAAGGGGCAUAGGAGCCAGGACUCCUGGGUUCUAUUUCCCAUUCUGGAAGGGAGCCUGGACCUAGUGGAUAGAGCAGAGGACUGGCAGCCAGGACUCCGGGUUUCAGUUCCCAACCCUUGCAUUGACUCAGUGUGUGACCUUGGACAAGUCACUCCCUGCUCUGCGCCUCAGUUUCCCGAUCUGUAAACAGGGCUAAUACUGCUCACCCACCCUGCCCAAAGACCUUGGAGAUGCUCGGAUGAGAGGCAAAGCAGGGGCCCUACCUAACCGGCUAGAAACCCCCACGUACAGGACCCCGACGUUUGCGUAGGCUCACACCAGUCGCUGGGGCGGGCCAGGUGCAGCUGCAACCACCACCUGCUGAUGAUCAUCCCCUUUCCCGGGGCAACUGGGGAGGUGAAUUUCAUAGGUUGGCCUUGGCCCCGGGCCUGUGUUUUGGGCUCCCCUGAGUUUAUCUAACUAGCUGCUGGCCUCUGUCACUAGCUGCCUAUCACCACCUCCCACUAGCUCCGCCUGCUAACCGCAGGGCUGCAUCAGCUCUCUCCUGGCUGCCCCGCCAGUCUGCCAACGUCUCACCUGCACUGUCCUGCAUCCCCAAGGGGAAGAGCUUGAUGCCAACGUGCCAGCUGAUGCCCUGGGGCACCAACCAUCAGAGCCACACACACGAGCCUCUGGUGCUUGAGCUAAACAGCCCCCUCCGUAGCUGGGGGCCGUAUCUGUGGAUCAGGCUUGGAGAGGGCCCCGUGGGCAAGGGGCUUGGUGGGUCUAUGGACCGAGGUGAAUCCUGUCCUCCGUUCUUAUGUUCCUUUUUUACCAACCGAUGGCAGGAGAAGUCUGAUGGGUGCCACCCACCCCGGGUGACCCAGGGCUCUUCUGCGCUCUCAGGAGCAGGGCUGCCAAUUUGGGUUGGACGUGUCCCCGGGGGGCAGGGGGUCAUCACAUGACAUGAUCUUGAAUGAAAGAUUCAUCUUUAAUUCCUGGAGAGUCCAGGGCAAUCCUGGAGGGUUGGCAGCCCUAGUCAGGAGGGGCUGACAUGAAAACCAGGCUGGGGCAGGGGGAACAUGGCAAAGAUUUGUGUUUUGCAACAGGGCUAGUUUUGGUAGGAGAGCAGGCUCGAUUCAAAUCUAGAUUGUUAAACCUGCAUCUGGCUGAGAGAGUGUGUGUGUGUGUGUGGUUUAUGGUGUGUGUGUGUGUGUGUGUGUGUGUGUGUGGUUUACUGUGUAUUUUUGUGGGGUGGGGUGUGUGUGUUCGCACGUAUGUGUGGUUUACGGUGUUUGUGUGUGUGUGUCUCUGUCUCUCUGUCUCGCUCUCUCUCUGUGGGGGGGGGUUGUGGUAUAUUUGGGGGGGGGUUACAAUGUAUUUGUGUGGGGUAAGGUGUGUGGUUUAUGGUGUGUUUGUGUGUGGUUUACUGUGUAUUUUUGUGGGGUGUGUGUGUGCGCGCAUGGUUUACGGUGUAUUUUUAAAUCUCCUUCCAGCUCUGAGUAUAAAAUCUUACUCUCGACUCCCCUUCCGUGACCCGUCCAAGGAGAAGUCCAUUGUCCCCUCGCAGGUGAUGCCGACAGAGGGUUUGCACUGCAGCCCGUGUCUCAUUUCAGCUCUCCUGUUGCAUAGACUCUGUGCUCAGCUUGACACCCUGGCCAAAAUCUGCCUCCGGAUCCCUCCCUGAGGGUGUCUGCCCGGCAAGCUGGGCACUGUGAUUGCACGGCGCGGGUGGACAGAGGUUAGCGGGAGUCGAGCUAGCGUUAGUCUGUCUACCCUGCACUGCGAAUCACACCGCCGCCUGCAAGGCAGACAUCCCCCCCGGCCCUGGAGGGUCUGACGGCGCUCAGAAUCCGGCCCCGGGGAAAUCCGUGCGCUCGGAGAGGUCAGCUUUGUAGCGAGAGCGCUGCACGAAGCCAGCCCUGCCAAGCGCUGCCCAGCUGGAGAUCCCCACAUGGCUAGGGUCCAGCACUGGGGGAACUUGUCCCGGAGAGUCCUCAACAGCCAUCAGUCCAGAGGGGGUAGCUGAGAGGGGUUACGGUGUGUUUAUAGGGCCUUCGCGACAAGGCCAAAUCAUCCGGAGAGGUAAAGGGGGGAGAUGUUGAGGUUUGAGUUGGGGGAAAAAGCGAAUGACCCAGCCUUGGCUCAGUGUGACAGUUAUUUUGGGGUGUGUAGAGCUGACAGGGUGCUAGGAAUAGGCCCUAGGCUGGUAGAAAGAUGGCGUAGCCAGGGCAGCAAGAUGAGUAGUUUUAAGUGGUUCCCAGUAGGUGCUGAGGAGGAGCUAGUCAAGGCAGCGAAUGCAGUAGCCAAACUUAAGAGGCCUGAUUAUUUUCCACGCCUCUCCCGGCCCUCGUGUGAGUGUGAGACACUCCCAGAUCAGAACGGUGGCGUUUUUUCACUAGUGCAAGGAACGGCAGGAGGAGUGGGAGGGGCGCAACGUAGAAUCAAAUCUUAAGAUGCUUUAACACUCUUGCAUGGUGCUUAUGUCCUUCAGUUUGCAGGUGCUAAUGUCAAAGGCUAAUUAAAAAGGCAGGUGGGAAGACCUCGUUAAGCAAAGAGAACAAACCCCCGAAGGCUUGGCUUCUUUGGGGACUCUCCUGGACUCUGUUCCCCACUUUGAGGAGGCACCUGUUGGUGUUUCCAGCACCCCCAUUCUCUGCACUAGAUUAGGGUCCUGGCACCAGCAGCUGUACUGAAAUCACUGGAGAUCCAGCUGCUUCAAACAGGUCCGGAUUUGGGCCAUUGCCUCCCUCUGUGCUGUCUCUAAAGUGCCCAGCAACUGAUCUUGGCUGUACAGCUAGCAGGUGAGAUCCUGGCCACCUGAGAAACCAGUGGCCAAACUCCCAUUAACUUCAACCGAGCCGGUGUUGUACAGACCGUAUGUCAGUCUCUCUGCUGUAGGGCCCGAUCCUGCACCACGGGAAUCAAUGAGAGCUUUGCCCUUGACUCCAGCCCAGUGUGGGAUGUGUGUGGGCGCGCACCGGCCCGUCGAAAAGGCUGACUAGUCUGGAACUCCCAGAGGCAGGGCUGUGCCAGGCCCCUAGCGGGUCGGAGCCGGGUGUUUGUUGAUGGUAACUAUUGGGAGCUCAUCUUUCUCCACCCACCGACAGAUCAAUUUCCAAACAAACUCAAGCUGCUCCACAUGGCUGGCCAGACUCCCAGCGGGCACUGGCUUCUCUCCUCCCUGAGCUGGGCGCGCACCGAGUGUUUGUGAUCCCCGCUGCUCCCAGCCGCUGGGCCGGAUCAGCCCCAAUGGCUUAGCCCUGAAGCCCGGUGCAGAAGACGGAGGCAGACGCCCUGGGUCUUAGGCGGCCACCUAGUGGCAUUGUGUAUGUACUGCCUUGUGCCUUCCCCUCCUUGGGUUGGCUUGGGGUUGCCUUUUUUCACACUAAUCGUUUUUGCAAGGCUCCCCUGCAAUUAAUGACCCGUUGCCCCACUUCUCCCAUCUCCUGUUGUACUAGACCUGACCUCUGUCUAGUCUUGUCUGUACCUGUACCAGAUUAACCCCUCGGUGCAUCUAGGCCUGUGUUCUCCUAGGAGCAAUGAGUGAUUCUGUUUCCAUGACAGGUUUCAGAGGAGCAGCCGUGUUAGUCUGUAUCCGCAAAAAGAAAAGGAGGACUUGUGGCACCUUAGAGACAAACCAAUUUAUUUGAGCAUAAGCUUUCGAGAGCUACAGCUCACUUCAUCGGAUGCAUCUGAUGAAGUGAGCUGUAGCUCACAAAAGCUUAUGCUCAGAUAAAUUGGUUAGUCUCUAAGGUGCCACAAGUCCUCCUUUUCUUUUUGUUUCAAUGACAGGCAGUCCCCCUCUCCCCCCCACAAUCCAGGCUGAGUCCGAGUGUUUUGAGACGCCUUGGUGCCUUCUGUGCUAGAUCGGCCUCCAUUUACCCAGAGGCUGGACUAAAUCCUCAGCUGGCGUAAACUAGCAUUGCUCCAUUGAAAUCAGUGGAGUUCUGCUGAUGAACACCAGCUGAGAAUGGGGCAAAUUUUGUAGUUUGGCGCCCUGGCAUUAUCUACUGCUCUAACAAUUCACCUUCGUCUCUUAAAGAACCCAGGUCCCCCUCUGGCUAUCCUGUGUUCCUCGGGAGAACCCGGAAUGCAGAUAAAUGUCUGCAUGAAGCCAGUUUAGCAGGGGGUAGAUUUACAGCAUUAAAGUUCUUGUGUGUUGCAAGGGGCUGCCUGCGAUUCUGCUAUGCUCCUGGUAUUUAUCACCCGUGUGGCCAAGGGACACGGACUUGCUUGUCAGAUUAGAUUUUUUUCCCCCACCUUCCUCUGUAGCUAGAAGCCUGCCAACAGCAGCAACAGACACAGCAAUCUGCACGGUGAGCUGUGCCACUCGUCGCUUAUUUCUCACGGAAGGGGCCUCAAUUUAGCUGCCCUGCAGGUCGGCACCAGAGCAGCCUUCACGGCAUAGAAUCAGUCUGACCAGCCGGCUGUCCUCUCCCUGCCUGAAUUCAGGGAAGUGUGGUCAUCUGGGGGUUAGAUCUGGACGGGUGUGGGUGUGGGUCUGUCUGUCUGGCAGGAGGUGGUUGUUCCAGCUCCAGGUGAGAAUGAGAUCUAGUGGUCAGAGCAAGAGAUUUGGGGAGGGGUCAGGAGUCUCCUGUCGGUGCUGUUGCUCACUCGCUGGGCCUGUACAGAAGGAAUGGCCCAAGCGCGGGGCCGUGCGUUGAUAUGUGAAGCUCAGAGUUCCAGUUGUAGCUAUGCCUCUGUGUAGAGGCCCCGAUCCUGUGAAUCUCUGAAGCCCCCGUAGCUAAGAAUUAUUCACCCCUUCCCAGGAUCGGGGCUGAAGGGACGUUUUUCUGUGGAGUAGAACAAACGGCUCCUCUCUGAGAUCGGUCUGCAUUCGACGGGACCUUGCCAAAGCUUCUGCUUUAAACUCAAGACUGGAGAAUCGCUUGGCAGGGGGGCCUAGGGAAUAAAGCUGUGGAUGGGGAAUCAGGAGAGCUGGGCUCUUUAUGUGGCUCAGCACGUGACCCAAGAAAAGGCAUGCCUGCUUGUGCCUCAGUUUCCCCAUUGAUAAAAUGGUGAUAAUAGCUGUCAGCCUACUUUAUAAAGGGCUUUGAGACCAAUGGAUGGAAAGCGUUUUAUAACGGCUGGGUAUUAGACAACCUGGGGCUGUCGUCUUCUCCGUCCUACUGCAUUUUGUGGGGUUGAGUCUGUGCUUCCUAAGGCAACUUCCUUGCUGUUUUCUGACGUGAUGAAAGCGAGCACGCACUAGAUCCCAGUGCGUUUUGUAUUUUUCUCCCUAUUUAUUGUAGGUAGCGAUGGUGGGGGUGUUAGUCCUGGCCUGUUGAUUUGGGGAGGGAACCCUGAAUCGAAACUCGUCUUUGGAAGGGGAAGAUUUGAGCCAGUGUCUAGGAAAUACCCACUCCCAUUGACUUAAUUUAUAUGUAUACUCCAUGUGCUUUCUGGGCAUAACACAUGCAACUAACUCUGAAUGAAAGGCCUGGAUCAGAGGACAGAAGCUGGCCGAUGUGAUCAGACCCAGAUAGGUAAAUAUCAGGACCAGCUUUGAUUGUGACUGCUGGAUGUAGUGUCUGGGAAUGGGGUGGCAUCCCUUUUAAAUAGGUUGUGAGCCCUCUCACGGGCCUUCCUGGGAUGCCGGUUUGUUUCUUUGUUCUCUACAUAAGGUUAUGUUUAAACCUCCGCGACACACAACCACGAUCACUGUCUCUCUGCAAACAUACCAGGCCUAGCUACGCUGCUGCUGUUGGCUUCUGAAUUAGAAAGCCCACGCGUUAUUUAAAGGGAUCCAACCCCAUUCCUCUGCGCUGUGGAAUAGUCUCCCAAGGAAAUCGUGGGGGGAAUGUAGUGCAGGGAGCCUCGCCUCCCGUGGUUCUAGGGGCUGAAUGGAUUGAUCGCUGGCUUCUCCAUUUCUAUCUUUCAAGGAGGUUGGAAUGCACUUACCGGGUGAUAUGGUUGCAUGAAUUUCCACCCCACUCGAGGGGACACGCUGGCAGUUGGAAGUUGGCUGCUGCCCUCCUUUGUCAAUUAGUGGGUUGAGAGCUGCCGCUGAGAUGGAUUAUUAAUAUUACCACUGUUGGGCGGGCAGCAAACCUGCCUGUCUCGGAGUCCGUCUGUCCGGGACAGCCCCUUGGAUAGACUGCGCUGUGUCUGCUCUGGGGGGGUGCUUGGUUUUUACCGGCAUGCGCGUGUGUGGCAUAAACAGCUUUAAAUCAAAACUGGAAUAAACUUUAGAACAAAAA